AUGCCAUUGCUGCCAUACCAACGUGCAGUAGAAGUUCAGGUUCUUCCUGAGAUUACGAGCCCCGAAUCCUUCAAGGUUGACGUGUCCGUGCCAGAGAUUUGUUUGCCAAAUCCCAAGGUCUUGCUGCGCCGCAGCACCUUGCCAGCCUUGGACAUCAAUAGUGAGGCCUUGAUGCUUUCGCGCCAGUUGCAUCUCGACUUUCACGAAGUGAAAUUUGUUUUGCAAGAGCUCCGCAGUGAGAGCGAACACCUUCCCAAUGGUGGCUUGGAAUAUGGAACUUUCCAGCAGUGCUUGCAACGCAUUUGUGGUGUGGAGCUGGAAGAGCAAUGGGUGGUGAAAGCCUACAAGGAAUGUCGUGCCAGUGAGGGCCCGGUGGACUCAGAACAGCUGCUGAUUUGGUACCGGGAUCACAUCUUCAACCUCGAAGCCUUCAAGUCGCAAAAACACUUCGCGGCCGAGAAAAGUAGAGCUCCACUGGUGACGCUAGACCUGGCCAAGAAGUUUCACUGCUCCUGCCUGGAUUUGGACAAGAUGAAGGUGAAGUUUGACGACUUUGAUUUGGACAAGUCCGGCUUCAUUGAUCACUAUGAGUUUGAGAAGAUGAUGUACCAACUCUUGCACUGUUCUAGCGAAUCUGACUUCCCCAAAACGCGGCUGGACCGCUUCUGGAACGAGGCUGACAAGAAUGGUGAUGGCCAAAUUGAUUUCGAGGAGUUUUUGGAAUGGUACAUGAAAUACUUCGGCACCUCCUAUGAGAAUGGCCCCAUGGAUGCCUUCUAUGCAUCAUUUAUGCCAGGGGUUCAGAGGUCCAGCAGCCUUGGGGAGCUCAAAGUCCACAAAGUCCAGGAGAAGAUCAGCCUCAAACCCAUCGUACCCGAGGUCAGCAGUCGCUGCUCAGCGCUCACUUUUUCAAAGUUCUGAGGAGUCUGAGCAGUGCUUUGGCAGAUAUGCAAUGAUGUGCAAACAGCUGCAUCAUCUGGCAUCGCCAGGAACUGACAUUUUCGGUGAACAAUGGGGGCAGAUGGUCCAGAUGGUCCAUAUGAUCUCCUAGAUGGAUUCAAUUUUGGUAUUCAUAUGUUUUCAUAUCCAUGACGCAGAGACGUCGAGGUUUCAUUUUGGCUGCAUUGGGCAUCCCUGUGUCGCUAUGUGUCGCUGGGAUUGGGGUGGAGCCUUCUGCACUUAGAUAGGUUUCAACUCAAAACAAUGCAGAUUUUGUCAGCCGUAGCCUGGUGACCUUGCUCAUGCCUUUUCGAUUGGGCUUGCAAAUGCAAGCUCCCAUGCAUGCGCGUUUAACAGAUGCCACGGGCUGGUUCGCACGCGCUUCUUUCUGUGGAGCUUGCGUG